CAUUUGUAAAUCGUGCUUGACUCUGAAAGCCUCGCCAGGUGGUGGCAAUUACUUGGAACCUCACUAUACUUCUCUGACGAGGCUGAUUUCUCAUCACAUCCAUAUCAUGUAGUCGUUCUUUUCACCUCUUUCUGUGAGAUUCUUCCGGGGUCUCCAUUCUGCAAUCGUCUCCUGCGGGCCUGGUUGCGUCGUCUUGUUGACAGUGAUAUGACACUCCAUUGAAGCCUCGUGCUCGGCUCUUGCGCUCUCUGCUCGCUAAUCAAUCAUACUCGACUGCCGGUGGGCCUUAGGCACGGCUCCCGACCGAGAAGAUGUCGUCUCCUGACUCGGACAGGACCUCCAGCAGUGUCGAUGAUGAUGCAGCCACCCCUUCCCGGCGCCGCUCGGGCAGCCAUGAUGAAAACUACAAUCAGAGGCGACCAUCUUUCAAUGCCGUGAAUCAGAGACCACUCCCCAACCCGCUUGUCCGUUCGCACAGUGGACAGAUGUUGGCUGCAGUUCUGCGAGAUCGUCCCCUUCCACUCCCUACGAACGAGCAAACUGCUGAAGAGCGCAGGCGCAGUAUUAUAGCAAUGGAUCGCAAGAGGAGGUUGACAUCGACCUAUGAAGAUGGCAGGCGAAGAACAAACAGUGGCAAUUUCUAUGAUAGAAGAACCACUCACGAAGGGUACCGACAGGAUGGUCCUUCGUCUCCAGUGCGGAAGCACACACAAACAAUUGCUUCAAGAUCAGCACCCAACGUCGUCGAUUUGACAGGUUCUUCUCCCACAGCACCACCGCCAGCAGUAGCUCCUCCCCCUCCUCCACGCGAGAACAGGAUGAGCAGGUCUUCUUCAGAUAACUCCAGGAGGUAUGUUGUGCCUCAGUGGCAGCCCGACUCUGAGGUCAGCGAAUGUCCCAUUUGUAAGCGCCCUUUCACCUGGAUGUUCAGACGGCAUCACUGCAGAAAAUGUGGGAGAGUCGUCUGCAAUGAUUGCUCUCCCCACCGCAUCACCAUUCCUCGACAAUUCAUUGUCCAUCCACCUGGACCAAACGUCGCUCCGUCAUCGGGCCAAGGGGUUAGAAGCCGCUAUGAUCCUAUAGAUUUGACAGCAGACGACAACGAUGAAGAACGCUCUGGAGGUCUCUCAUCCCCCUAUCGAUUUCCGCCACUCGAAGGCGGCGAGAAAGUACGACUCUGUAAUCCUUGCGUCCCUGAUCCUCAACCCGAUCCCUUUUCGAACUAUCCUCCUACGGAAAACGAACUCACUCGACGCGAAUUCCCUUGGAGUCAUGCUAUCGGACAUGCGCGGGCUUCUAGUCAUGAAGGUGUAGGCACGAGACCUGUCAUACCAGCCAAGGACGACUCUCUUCAUAAUCCGCUGGGCUAUGAUGGUUCUGGCGGCUUGCAAAAUCGUAUGAACUACAUGAGUUCGCAGCAUGGACAGACCUCGCAGUCCCGAUAUCGUUCGGUCUUGUCUUCUUCUGCUGGAGGAGACCGAUCAUUCGCAGUACCUUCAAGAGAAUUCCUUCCACCCGAACGCCGAUCGAGCUACGGUAUGUCACGACCCUCAUAUCCUGCAUCUCGUCAGCCUAGAGAUGAGUUGGCCACUCCUGCUAGUCGUACAAUUUCUGGAAGCCACGUUCCGACACGUGCCCCUUAUGAAACUGCUGCUACAAGAUUUCCGGUCUCUUUGCAAAACGUUCUGAAUGGUCCGUCCCGCCCUCGACUGGAGGAAAGAGAUAUUUGCCCUAUCUGUCGACGGGCAUUGCCUCCUCGAGGUCCAAACGGUGAUGAGACCAUGCGGGAAGCACAUAUCAUGGACUGUAUCAGAGCAAGAGACCCUUCAUAUCAGGUUGAAGGCGCUGGAGGUCCGUCCCAAGCGCGAGUCCACAUGCUUCCAUUUGUAGCAAACGAGAAAGAUUGCGUUGGCGAGGACGGUAGUCCACAAGAGUGUUCCAUCUGCAUGGUCGAGUAUGACGUUGGGGAUGAAUUGGCACGCCUGGAAUGUCUGUGCAAAUUUCACAAGACUUGCAUCGUGGAGUGGCUCGAACGCAAAGCAGAAUGCCCCGUGCACAAACUUAUGGCAUGAAUCACGACUUUACGAAUGAAGAACUCCCAGGAGUCAUCACGAUCUUUGAAUUGGUUUUGGCAAGUUUUGGAGUUUCGAAGGGUCGUUACGUCUCAGGGAGGAGCCUUCUUUAAGAGAUCACCAUCUCAUCGACGCAUGCUGUUGAAUAUAUUAUAUUCACAACAAUAUUCCCUACUCCAUUAUCGAUAUGAUUUCGACUUCAGGCUCGAUUGGAUCGACUGUUGAUCGCCAUAUACCCAGAGUGGCUGCUCGAAGCUUGAAUGCUGGGACACCAUUGUUGACUUAGCAUGUGAAGACCGAUAUGCCACAUUCGGUUCCCCUCAAUCGCGACUCGGGCGCGCUUUGUAAAUGAGCCCCGGAUCUUUGUCUAGCUCAAUGAUAAGGACGUACACCUGCUGUUAUUACCACACCAACUUCCUUAUACAAAGAAAGAGGCAUAAGGAGAGUCACCGAGAGUGUAAGAGAGAGAAGCGGUUGGCUCGCCUCGCUCGCUUAGGUAAGACGCACGUGAC